ACGCAGACACGCUUCUCAGCUCUCCCUCUCUCCCUCUCUCCCUCUCUAACUCUUGUGUUUCAUUCGGCCAUGUUUUCUGAGGGACAUACCUCUUGUGUCUUGUAUAUCAAUCUUUAAUCUUUUCGAAUCUCUAUUUCUUGAUCUGGGCAUCAAAGGUUUCUUCUUCGUAUCCAAGCUCUGGAGUUGAAAAUAUUCAUUUUUGUUUGCUUUUUCUUAUGGUUACUGCACAAAUCCACUGAUAAUGGAAAACCCAUCUAGUUAUUGGCCCCUCUUGACUUUCUUGCUUAGUUUGGAUGAUAUAAAGCAAUGGGUUUCUUGUUGAUGAUGCAAAGUAACCUUUUUAUUAUACGAGACUUACUCUCUAUUUGUAUGAGCAUUCGUUUUGUUUGAUUAUAGAGUUAUGGGCAGAGGUAGGGGGAAGGGAAAGAAAUUGACUGCUAGCAAUCAUGAUGAUACUGGAAGUGGUGAAGAAGAGAAAAUCCCUGUGCAGAAGCGAAGAGGAAGACCUCAGAAACCAUUGAAAGAUGAGAUUGAUGGGGAAGAUGCUGAAAAAAUAGAGGAGGAAGAUGGUGAAAGUGGAAAAACAGGUCUAUCAAGCGGCAAAGAAGUGAAAAGCCCCACUGGUGCAGAGAAUGGGAAAAAGCGGAAGCGAAACUCACAAGCAAAAGAGAAGACCGAUUUAGUGAAGGAGGAAAAUGGUAGUGGGGUCAGAUCUGGGAAUGAUGAUUCAGUUAAGUCCAAUGGAUUCCGGCAUAAUGGGAGCAGGAGAAAAAGCACACCUCGUAGGGCUGCUGAGGCAGGUGUAGCGUGCAAGUGAAAUCAUGUUUCAGAAAUUCGAUGGACCUCUUCUUUUUCGCGUUACCAGCUAAUUUGCAGAAUAGGAAGUGCGGCAUGUUUGUUUUUUUUUUUUUUCCUGCUAUCAUUUCAAUUUAGUACCUUCAAUUUAUUUUAAUUGAGAAUUUUGGAAUGGAUUAUGCUGGUUUUAAGUUUUUCAAUGCUAUCUUGUUUUUAUCAUGACUAAGGUUAUAUAGUAAUCUUUCGUAUUAUUCCAACA